AUGUUCCGCUCUGCCGUUGUGCGCUCGCUCAGAGCUUCGGUCCCUCGCACCAUCCGGGCCUCUGCUGCUCGUCAGAUUCAGAUCACUCCUGCUGUUCGCCCAUCUCAAUUCGUCCCUGUUUUCCAGUCUCAGUCUCUCCGCUUCUACUCUGCUCCCGCCAGCCUGUCCAAGGAUGAAGUUGAGGGCCGUAUAGUCAACUUGUUGAAGAACUUCGAUAAGGUCAACGAUGCCAGCAAGAUUACUGGUGUCUCUCAUUUCACGAACGACUUGGGCUUGGACAGCCUUGAUGUUGUCGAGGUGGUGAUGGCUGUUGAGGAGGAAUUCAGCAUUGAAAUCCCCGACAAGGACGCCGAUGCCAUCCACAGCGUCGAGCAAGCUGUUACCUACAUUCUCUCUCAGCCUGAUGCCCAUUAA